UCUCGUACCCCAUACAAUGCUAAAAACUCUUUUACACACUACAAAAUAAUAAUAAUAAAAAAAAAAUUUAUAUAAACAUAUUCAAAAGUUUUGGAAUAUACUUUUGCGGUCUACCAGUUUGCUUUCCUCAAAUACCUAUUUGUUUACACUGAUAGUUUCGUUGGUCAGGGCCACUUUGGGCCAGUACAACAGCUCCAAUUGGUGAUUCAUCGCCUUUAUUGAUAUGAUUUCCUCGACGCCCUUUCCAAAUCCUAUAUCUACGCGCCAAGCGAAAAGAUAUUGCGUCUUCCUUUUGGCUUCGGUGUUAUUCCUGGUCUUGACUUGGGAAUGCUUGUAUGUUUACAAAAAUAGUCCAGAUAUCCAGCGUUCUAUCAAUUCCCUGGCGGGUCGUUCUCCCGCCAAGCCUUUUGCGUUUGUUACUAUGCUACUGGCUUCAUCUGUGACAGCCGAUGAAAAUAAUCAACCAGUACAAGAUUGGUAUUACAAUGCAACAAGGUUAUUAGUAUACAGGCUAUCGCAUUAUCCUGAAACAAAGAGCAAAUUCCCUGUCAUCGUAAUGGCUACAAGAGGAGUUGAGGAUUGGAAAGUGGAGCAGCUCAAGGUGGACGGAGCUAUAGUCAAAGUGGUUGAUCCCUUGUAUGCGCAGGAUGUCGUUGAUAAUGUUAAUGACAUGGCGGUCCUAGAUACCAGAUGGAGCAGGAUGUUUACCAAAUUGCGCAUCUUUGAAAUGUACGAAUACGAGCGCCUAUGCUUCGUAGACAGUGAUAUUCUUCCAAUCAGAAAUAUGGACGAAGUUUUUGAUGUUCGUGAACAAACUUCUGCCUACCUCAGCUCCUUUGAGCUUCUAAAUAAACUACGCAGGUUCUUGGAUGGGAAAAGAUUCAGGGAGGAUUUUUCUGCUUACGAUCUUCGAAGAAAAGAUUUUUAUCCGUAUGUUUUUGCCGCCGUUUCUGAUCCUGGUUCGUGGCACGACACUCCUCCCCAGUUUCAAGACUACUUCAAUGCAGGUUUAUUUGUCUUUCACCCAUCAACGGCGCAUUAUAAGCGUCUAAUGACUCUGGCUAGAUUUCCUAAAAUGUACGAUAAAGCAAACAUGAUGGAACAAAGUUUGCUGAAUUUUGCAUACAGCUCAGCCGGCGAAUUCCCAUGGCAGCCUUUAGAUUGGACCUAUAAUGGCGUGUGGACUCGUAAAUCUGAUCUUGCGUAUUUGAAAAACGUUCACGGAAAGCUUUGGCAAGAAGAGGGAAGUAUGGGGUACGAUCCAGAUACAUCCUCCCUUUGGUGGAGGGCCUUUCGUGAAAUGGAUCACUUUUAUAAGGAACAUUAUAGCAUAUCUGCCUGGCAAGCACAUUAGGAUGGAAGUAGCUCGGACAAACUAACGCAUGUUACCUUCAAAUGAAAAGACCGGCUUAUUUAUUGUCUCAACAUUAUUUCACUAAUUUUUUUAAGUUAAGACCUUUUUUCAAUAAGCAAGUUGUCGACUUUAAAAGGGCAUAUAUAUCAUCGCUAUUCCUGUUCCGCUUUACACAAAUUAUUACAAAGGUAAUAAUGGGAUGAUAUUCUAUCCUUUUUUGACUCAAAUAAUGAAAACCCCUUUUUAUUAAAAAAGAUGAGGGAAUAGUAAUCCUGUAACCCUUUUCUUAGUGUUCUUUUAACUCACAAGAGAUUCAAGUAAACGAUAUCAGAAUGCUAUAGAAAAAUUUGCUCUAUGCAUUUACUUAUUAAUUAAAAUAAAUAGUUAUCGAUUUAUAACUUUGAAAGGAUGGCUGUAGGAGAUGUAGUUAUUUAUUCCUAUAAUUGUCUUCCUCCGUCAGACUACACUACCAUCACUCCGUUAAGUAGUUAUAAUCCUGUUGUGGACGCCUCAUAACGCACAAUUAAUGAAAUCCUUAGAGAAACUCUAGAUAGACGGUUACAAUAGUUUUCUUUUCAA